GGCAACGGGCGGGCGGCAGGGCUCAGCCUAGGGCCCUUAACUGUUCUGCUGGCGUGUCGGUCCUGGGAGUGGCUGCUGACCCAGCCCAGGAGGCCUGUGCCUGCCAUGGUCCCUGUGUGGAACCAUGGCAACAUCACCCGCUCCAAGGCAGAGGAGUUACUUUCCAGGGCCGGCAAGGACGGGAGCUUCCUUGUGCGUGCCAGCGAGUCCAUCCCCCGGGCCUACGCACUCUGUGUUUUGUUCCGGAACUGUGUCUACACUUACAGGAUUCUGCCCAACGAGGAUGAUAAAUUCACUGUUCAGGCAUCUGAAGGUGUCCCCAUGAGGUUCUUCACAAAGCUGGACCAGCUCAUCGAAUUUUACAAGAAGGAAAACAUGGGGCUGGUGACCCACCUGCAGUACCCAGUGCCUCUGGAGGAGGAGGAUGCCACCGAUGAGGCUGAAGAAGACACUGAAAAUGUCUUGUCACCACCGGAGCUGCCUCCCAGAAACAUUCCCAUGGCUGCUGGGCCCUGUGAAGCCAAGGAUCUUCCUCCUCCAACAGAGAACCUCCGGGCCCCUGAGGCCACCAGGCCAAGUCUCUCCGAAACGCUGAUUCAACGACUACAGAGCAUGGACACCAGCGGGCUCCCAGAGGAGCACCUGAAAGCCAUCCAGGAGUAUUUGAGCACUCAGCUCGUCCUGGACUCUGACUUUGUGAAGACGGACUUUGUGAAGACAGGCUCCAGCAACCUUCCUCACCUGAAGAAGCUGAUGUCACUGCUCUGCAAGGAACUCCAUGGGGAAGUCAUCAGGACCCUCCCAUCCCUGGAAUCACUGCAGAGGUUGUUUGACCAGCAGCUCUCCCCAGGCCUUCGCCCACGACCUCAGGUGCCUGGUGAAGCCAGUCCCAUCAAUAUGGUGGCCAAACUCAGCCAACUGACAAGUCUGCUGUCUUCCAUUGAAGACAAGGUCAAAGCCUUGCUGCAUGAGGGCUCUGAGUCUCCCAACAGGCACUCCCUCAUCCCGCCAGUCACCUUUGAGGUGAAGUCAGAGUCCCUGGGCAUUUCACAGAAAAUGCACCUCAAAGUGGACGUUGAGUCCGGGAAACUGAUCAUUAAGAAGUCCAAGGAUGGGUCUGAGGACAAGUUCUACAGCCACAAAAAAAUCCUGCAGCUCAUCAAGUCCCAGAAGUUUCUGAACAAGCUGGUGAUCUUGGUGGAGUCAGAGAAGGAAAAAAUCCUGAGGAAGGAGUAUGUUUUUGCUGACUCUAAAAAGAGAGAAGGCUUCUGCCAACUCCUGCAGCAGAUGAAGAACAAGCACUCGGAGCAGCCAGAGCCUGACAUGAUCACCAUCUUCAUUGGCACUUGGAACAUGGGUAACGCACCCCCUCCCAAGAAGAUCACGUCCUGGUUUCUCUCCAAGGGGCAGGGAAAGACACGGGAUGACUCUGCUGACUACAUCCCCCAUGACAUCUACGUGAUUGGCACCCAGGAGGACCCCCUUGGAGAGAAGGAAUGGCUGGAGAUACUCAGGAACUCCCUGCAAGAAGUCACCAGCAUGACAUUUAAAACAGUUGCUAUCCACACACUCUGGAAUAUCCGCAUAGUAGUGCUUGCCAAGCCAGAACAUGAGAAUCGGAUCAGCCACAUCUGCACCGACAACGUGAAGACAGGCAUCGCCAACACCCUCGGAAAUAAGGGAGCUGUGGGGGUUUCCUUCAUGUUCAAUGGGACCUCCUUGGGGUUUGUCAACAGCCACCUAACUUCUGGAAGUGAAAAAAAACUCAGGCGAAAUCAGAACUAUAUGAACAUCCUGCGGUUCCUGGCCCUGGGGGACAAGAAGCUAAGCCCAUUUAACAUCACUCACCGCUUUACCCACCUCUUCUGGCUUGGGGAUCUCAACUACCGUGUGGAGCUGCCCACCUGGGAGGCGGAGGCCAUCGUCCAGAAGAUAAAGAAGCAGCAGUACUCAGAUCUGUUGGCCCAUGACCAACUACUCCUGGAGAGAAAGGACCAGAAGGUCUUCCUGCACUUCGAGGAGGAGGAGAUCACCUUCGCGCCCACCUACCGAUUUGAAAGAUUGACCCGGGACAAGUACACCUACAUAAAGCAUAAAGCGUCGGGGAUGAAGUACAACCUGCCAUCCUGGUGCGACCGGGUCCUGUGGAAGUCUUACCCCCUGGUGCAUGUGGUCUGUCAGUCCUAUGGCAGCACCAGUGACAUCAUGACGAGCGACCACAGCCCUGUCUUUGCCACAUUUGAAGCAGGAGUCACAUCACAAUUUGUCUCCAAGAAUGGUCCUGGCACUGUGGACAGCCAAGGGCAGAUCGAGUUCCUUGCGUGCUACGCCACACUGAAGACCAAGUCUCAGACUAAGUUCUACUUGGAGUUCCAUUCAAGCUGCUUAGAGAGUUUUGUCAAGAGUCAGGAGGGAGAAAACGAAGAGGGAAGUGAAGGAGAGCUUGUGGUGCGGUUUGGAGAGACACUUCCCAAGCUAAAGCCUAUUAUCUCUGACCCUGAGUAUCUACUGGACCAGCACAUCCUGAUCAGCAUUAAGUCCUCUGACAGUGACGAAUCCUAUGGUGAAGGCUGCAUUGCUCUUCGUCUGGAGACUACAGAGACACAAAUUCCUAUCUACACGGCUCUUACCCACCAUGGAGAGAUGACCGGCCACUUUAGGGGGGAGAUUAAGCUCCAGACCUCCCAGGGCAAGAUGAGGGAGAAGCUCUAUGACUUUGUGAAGACAGAACGGGAUGAGUCCAGUGGAAUGAAGUGCUUGAAAAACCUCACCAGCCAUGACGCCAUGAGGCAGUGGGAGCCUGCUGGCAGGGUCCCUGCGUGUGGUAUCUCCAGCCUCAAUGAGAUCAUUAAUCCAAACUACAUCGGCAUGGGGCCCUUCGGACAGCCUCUGCAUGGGAAGUCAACCCUGUCCCCUGACCAGCAACUCACAGCCUGGAGUUACGACCAGCCACCCAAGGACUCCUCCCUGGGGCCCGGGAGGGGAGAGGGUCCUCCAACACCUCCCUCUCAACCACCUCUGUCACCAAAGAAGUUUUCAUCCUCCACAGCCAACCGAGGUCCCUGCCCCAGGGUGCAGGAGGCAAGACUCGGUGACCUGGGAAAGGCAGACAUUCUGCUGCAGGAGGACCUGCAGCUGACGAAGCCAGAGAUGUUUGAGAACCCACUCUAUGGGUCUGUGACUUCCUUCCCCAAGCCAGCGCCCAGGAAGGAACAGGAGUCCCCCAAGAUGCUGCGGAAGGAGCCCCCGCCCUGCCCAGACCCAGGAACCUCAUCGCCCAGCAUUCUGCUUCCCAAAGCCCAAGAGGUGGAGGGUGUCAAGGGGACAAGCAAACAGGCCCCUGUGCCUGUCUUUGGCCCCACCCCCCGGAUCCGCUCUUUCACCUGUUCUACCUCUGCUGAGGGCAGAAUGCCCAGUGGGGACAAGAGCCAAGGGAAGCCCAAGGCCUCAGCCAGUUCCCAAGCCCCGGUGCCAGUCAAGAGGCCUAUCAAGCCUUCCAGGUCAGAAAUGAGCCAGCAGAUGACUCCCAUCCCAGCUCCGCGGCCACCUCUGCCAGUCAAGAGCCCCGCUGUCCUGCAGCUACAGCAUUCCAAGGGCAGAGACUACCGUGACAACACAGAACUCCCCCACCACGGCAAGCACCGCCAUGAGGAGGGGCUGCUUGGCAGGACUGCCAUGCAGGUGUGUUGAGGGGUG